AUGCCAAGUAGCUAUGCCAAAGCCUUUGGCACUAUUGUUUCGAUUGCAAGAGCAUUUAUUUUGACAUUUUAUAAGGGCCCUCCAAUCAUUAACCAACACUUAACUUCUGUAUUCUCAUCUCAACAAAAUUGUAUUCUUGGAGGAGUUAUACUUGCUUGUGAGUCUCUGUUUACUUCACUAUGGUACAUUAUUCAGGCUUCAAUUCUUAAGAUAUACGAAGAAGAGAUGAUUGUGUGUUUGUAUUGCUUCUUUGUGGCUAUCAUAUCUGCACUGGUAUCCCUGGUGGUAGAGAGAAAUUCAAAUGCUUGGACACUAUAUCCAGACAUUCGUCUCAUUGCUAUUCUCUAUUCGGGUAUAAUUGGUAUGGCAUUGAGGAGUUGCAUGACAACAUGGUGCCUCAAGAAGGCAGAUCCUCUCUUUGUUUCCAUGUUCAAGCCCUUAGGCAUUGUUUUUGCUGUUGUCAUUGGUGCCUUUUGCUUUCGAGAUGUUUUCUACUUCGGAAGUUUGGUAGGAUCAGCCAUAAUUGUAGUUGGAUUUUACUCAGUGAUAUGGGGAAAAGCUAAAGAAUGGAAAGAAGAAGAGAAGAGCUUGAGAUCAAACAACAAGAAUAUGCCAUUAUUACAAGACAAAGUUGAUGAUCCUGAGGUUAAUCUUUGAAGGCUCACACAUUGCUAAUACACUUUGAAACACUUGUAAUAUAUUUAUUUUGUAUACAUAAUUCACUUUUAAUAUAUAAUGCGGUUGCUAUAAAUUGUAACAGACAAAAAGUAUAUUUAAAAAUAGUAAUUAUUUAAAGGGCAACUCGAUACACUAAAGCUACCGCUAUGAGCGGUGUUUGGGG